CUAGGGGAUCCGCCGUCGGGGGGCUCCGUCGGGGAAGCGGCGCAGGUGGAGGAGGAUCAGAUCGUGGCGGUGUUUGUGGUCACUUUCGACCCCCGCUCGGGUAACAUGGUUGAAUGGUGUUUACCACAAGAUAUUGAUCUGGAAGGCGUUGAGUUCAAGUCUAUGGCCAGUGGGUCCCAUAAAAUCCAGUCAGAUUUCAUUUACUUCCGGAAAGGGCUUUGUUUCGGCUUGGCCUGUUUUGCCAACAUGCCUGUGGAGAGCGAGAUAGAACGUGGUGCCCGCAUGAAGUCGGUGGGGAUUCUUUCUCCUUCCUACACCUUGUUGUACAGAUACAUGCACUUCCUGGAGAACCAGGUCAGACACCAGCUGGAGAUGCCUGGACAUUACUCUCACUUGGAAGCCUUUUAUGAUGACAAAAAGGGGGUUAUCUCUGCUGGUACCACUGCCUCCCAGCAGCCUGUCCACUGGUUGCCUUCCAUCCACAGAUAUAUGUACCCAGAGAUGAAGAUCACCCACCCUGCCGGCUGUAUGUCUCAGUUCAUCAAGUUCUUUGGGGAACAGAUCCUUACCCUCUGGAAGUUUGCCUUGCUUCGCAAACGCAUUUUGAUAUUUUCACCGCCUCCUGUGGGUGUGGUCUGCUACAGAGUUUAUUGCUGUUGCUGCCUUGCCAAUGUCUCCUUGCCCGGCAUUGGUGGAACUGUCCCUGAAUCCAAGCCGUUCUUCUACGUCAAUGUGGCGGACAUUGAAAUGCUGGAGACGGAAAUGUCGUAUGUGGCUUGCACGACUGAAAAGAUCUUUGAAGAGAAGCAAGAUCUGUAUGACAUCUAUGUGGAUAACCAGAAUGUGAAGACACACCAUGACCAUCUGAAGCCAUUGCUGAAGAUCAACAGUGCAGACAAGGAAAAAUACCGGAGGCUGAAUGACCAGAGGCAGAUGCUGAUGUACUCCCAGGAGGUAGAUGGGGACUGCAGUUCUUGUGAAGAAGAUCUCUUCAUCUUGUUCUUUAUGGAGCAGAACAACAGGAUAUUUCAGACACUGAUGGAAGUGUCAUCCAGCCAGGACAAGACGUUGACGGCUGACCAUGCCCGGGGAAUGGGGUUAGAUCCCCAAGGUGAUCGUAGCUUCCUCAUGGACCUACUGGAAGUCUAUGGCAUUGACGUCAUGCUGGUCAUUGAUAACCCUUGUUGUACUUGAAUUGGAGGACGGUCAGAAGAGUAAGAAAAUGGAGAAUAUACGAGUGGAGUGUGAGAGGACGGCAGCAAUUGCAGAAACUAUGAGGUGGAGGAGAGGAGCCUUGCUGGAACUCGUCACAACUCGUACUGUGAAGGAUUGCCUUUAUUUAAGAGAACUCUCUACAGGAAGUGUUAUUUAUGUAUACGUUUCUUUUCCUAUUAACCCUCCUUUCCAGAUAUGCUGUAACCAAGGUGUGAUUUCUUUUUUUUCCAAGAUAGGCUACCCAAACACGCCUUCCUUCUUAAGAGUUUGAUACAAUGGAUGGCCUGCUUCCUUUCUCCCCUCUCCACUCCUCCGUCAAUAGCCCAGCAUUUUUGAGAGCCCUUGUCCAGACCUCUUCGCUGGGAAACUGGGUGGGCAGGCAAAGCACUUUACUUUCUUGAGGACCAAGAUAUAAAAAAAAUGUUUGUAAUGCUGCUUUGAGCCUCCAUGACUUGGCUGUGGAUUAUUCCUCAUUCUACCGAAGCGGUAGCGAUCUUUUGGCAUUUUGCCUCCUGCAACCGUCUUAUUUCCACAUUUAAGAUUCUUAAAAUGUAUGCAGCGUGGUGUUUCCUGCCAUGCGUUGAGUCUUUGGCAUGCCAUCAAGGGAGGAUUUACAAGGGAUAGUGCCUCUUCUGAUGUCCAGUGCUUCCAAAGCAAACUCACUGGAAGAGCCUUCUCUCUUUCCUUUUUUUGACGGACUGGAUAAUAGGGAGAACCUUUUCCCCAGCCUUGUCAUUAUUUGGUAGAUGCGACUUGGGAGGAAUGUCCUUGGUAUAUGUUGUGCUGUGUUGUUGCCUGGGCAGCAGCCCUUCCUGAAGGAGGCAGAUGGUUUGUUCUGUUGCCCAGAAAGGAGUAUCAACUUCUGAUCAGCACAGGAUUCAUAUCCAGGAGUCAUCCCUGGAUUGGUAAUGAUGGGUUUUAAUGAAAAGGAAAGAGCCCUAUUUAGACGUUCCACCACCUGGUGCUUGGAACACGCUUAAAGGCGAGCAUAUAAAUCCUCUUUUCCUUCCCUCCACGGCUGCGUUCUUCAUGGUUACAGUGCCAAGCUGUAAGAGGAGGAUAGUCCUGCUCCUGUGUACCCCUGAUUUUCCAGGACUCCCAUUCACAUGUAACACCUGUAGAGCCUACAUGCAAGCAGCCGCCUCUCCUCCACAGACUCAGUGCAAUAACUGUGAGGAACCUUCCAAGUGGAGGAUCUGAUUUUGAAUUUGCAUUAGCAGCCUCAUGGCCAAUUGCAUGUGCCAGCCCAGGUGCUUGUGGUUUAUUUUGUGUAGCAGCUUCCCUGCCUUGUGGCCUUCAUGGUGGCAAUCAUAAGUUAGUCUUGGUCUGUUGUCAAAAGUGCAUCGACGCUUCCGAGCGCUUGGCCUGUGCUUUUUCUUUCAACUUGCCACCGAAGGCUGGGGCUGUUAUGGCGCUAUUGCUGUUUGGACUUCAGUGCCUCUCAUCAUAGGCUCGGUGUGCUUUGUCCAGCCUGGUGCCUGUCAGGCGUGGGCUGCUGUUCUUU